AUGGCUAUCACCGUUGCUCGGUUCCUAUCGCCCUUUCCAAUCCACUUAACCGACCUCGCUGCUUUAAUGAUAGAAUGCAUAAUUCUCAAAUCUGACGAUCGUGUCGACUCCGCGAACGAGAAAUCUUCCGAAAAGUUACAUGAAGACUCAUACAAACUCAAAAAUGGAAUCAGGUCGCCCUCCGCGGUAAAAGGAAACAAGAAGAUAGAGAGUCAGCUGACUUCUAGCGAGAUUGACGGCGAGAGCUCAUCCGAAGAGGAUACUGAGAGUUCUAACGAGAUCAAAAACAAUGGUAAGAUACUUGCGCCACCUAAGGCUAGGGUAGCAUCUACCGUGGAGAUGGGAAAGCCCAGCAAAGCAAGCCAAAAGAAGGCGCCAAGCAAAGCGCCCCCUUCAAAGAUCCAGAAGCCUGAAGCCGAAACCAAGAUCUUUGAUCCAAAAUCUUCAGAUGCAGACAUAGAUGACAAUGCAUCAGAUGGCGAGUACCCAGCACCUGCCCCGUAG